CGGGGCUAGAAUAAAUUUUGCUACAAAGCAGUUUGUGCUGUCACGUGUAUGCAAACGCUCCUUGGACAUCUUGUGUUGUGAGAUAUGUGAUGAAAUCCACCCAUAAAACAGGGGAAACACAGCCAAUUGCCAUGAGCAGCGAGCUGAACGUGCCGACGGGGUCGCCGGCUCCCGGGGGACCGGAUCGGUUUCAGGACGGAGGAGGGAUGGACUACCGGGACUGGGUCCGUCGCAGCUACCUGGAGCUCGUAACGUCUAACCACCACUCUGUUCAGGCUCUGUCCUGGAGGAAGCUGUACCUGAGCCGGGCUAAGCUCAAAGCCUCCAGCCGCACGUCUGCCUUGCUCUCCGGAUUUGCCAUGGUUGCCAUGGUGGAGGUCCAGUUGGAGAUGCAGUAUAACUACCCUCGUUUCCUCCUCAUCGCUUUCAGUGUUUGCACCACCGUGUUAGUGGCCGUUCACCUCUUCGCCCUACUGAUCAGCACCUGCAUCCUGCCCAACGUGGAGGCGGUCAGUAACAUCCACAACCUGAACUCUGUCAGCGAAUCUCCGCACGAGCGGAUGCACCACUACAUCGAGAUGGCCUGGGGAUUUUCCACGGCCCUGGGGAUCCUCCUCUUCUUGGCGGAGGUCGUCUUGCUCUGCUGGAUCAAGUUCCUCCCCGUGGACUCCGGGGCCUCCGCCGCUUCGGCGGCUGCGGCCUCCCUGAGGCGUAACUGUAGCACGGCGGAGGGCGCGGCCCCCCCCCAGCCCGGGCACAGCGGGUUCCAGGCGGCCCUGGGCUCCACUAUCAUCAUGGUCCCCGUGGGCAUCAUCUUCGUGGUGUUUACCAUCCAUUUCUACCGUUCGCUGGUGCGCCAUAAAACGGAGCGCCACCAUCAGGAGAUCGAGGAACUGCACAAGAUUAAAGUCCAGCUGGACGGCCACGAGCGAGGCAUGCAGGCCGUCUGA